CUUCUUUAUAGGUUGAGGUUAUGUAAACGAAAUGAAAAUAUAUCAAUCUUAAGUCAAAUCAUAAAUCAAAGAAGCAAACUAGUCUUGUAAAAUAGUAAAAUGCCUGAAGAAGAGAAAUCUGCAGCUGUUUAUAAAGUAGGUGGUGGACCCUUAGGACUCGGUGAUCCGAAUGAUAGAUUUCUCAGAAAAGUGGAAGUUGAAGUUUUGAUUCCCCAAAAAAUGCGAGAUAAAGCAAAGGCAGAAAAAUGCAGUGAAGAGGUGAAAAAAUUUACCGAAUGCUGUGCUAGUUCGAGCUUUGCAAUGGUAUACAAAUGCCGUACUGAGAACAGUUUACUGAAGGCUUGUUUGACCCGUUGGUAUGAAGAUGAUGAAUUUAAAAAUAUUUGUAGAGAAGAGUAUUUAAAAGAAAGGAGUGAAUUUAGGAGGACUGGAAUUAGGAAAGAUCCCCGAAGGGUAGGUGUUUCCAUGUAGGUUUAUUUAUAUAAUUUACAAAUUAAGAUUAUAAAUUGAUUCGUUU